AUGCAGUCCACAGCCUCUGCUCACACCCUGGGUGCCAUCUGGGGGUCCAUGAUGUGCGGGUUCCUUAUGAGCAUCUUUGGCCAACGUCGCGCCAUCCUCAUCGCCGCACCGGUGACCUUGGCUUCUUGGCUUUCCAUCUGGCUGGCUCCUUUCUUCUCUAUGAUGGUGACUGCUAGGUACAAGGGAAGAAACGAUUCUGAUCAAUAUAAAUUGUAUAAGUAUGUUAUAGAAGCCAUCAUUCAUAGUUACCUUUCAGUGAAUAAAGUAAUUUACAUGAGCAUCAACACAGAAGCUUGUAGCUGCGGCUCCACAUACCAGGAGGAUACUGAUAGUCCUUUAUUGGAGAUUUUGGCUGUCGUGCUUUUGUAUAUCUGCUAUGGAUUGAUUAGAUCCCUCCUCCUGAUAGAAAAGAGCAGGGAAAUUACCGCUAGUUCGGAAUAUCGAACUAGAAACAAAAUUAUAGUUGAAAAAUUGAUGACUGCAAUAUUUUUUAUCCCUUGCAGACUGGUGUCGGGGUUAUGCAUCGGUGUGCUCGGUACAGCAGCUCAAGUGUACAUCGUUGAGGUUGCCCACGAGACAGUCCGUGGUUCACUCACAUGUAUCACAGACCUAUUCGUCGGAUUGGGGUUGCUCUUUACCUACAUAUUGGGGAUAUCUGGGCUAGGCUGGAGAUGGGCUGCUUUCAUUCUGGGCCUGGUGACCAAUGUGCCUCUAAUCAUUGGUCUCUCUCUGUUCCCGGACUCGCCUCGCUGGCUGGCCACGAAAGACCGAAGGGAAGAUGCAAAGAAAGCACUCAAGUUCCUUCGUGGAAGUAGCUACGAUGUGUCGUCAGAACUUGAAAAUAUCAUGAGGGCUGGAAGCAGUCGCUCCAAAACAACGUUCACCGAACAGAUAUCCAAGCUGAAGGAUCCUGUAGUAUAUGCACCUUUCUUAACUGGGUGUGGUGUGUUUUUCUUCUCUCAGUUAUCAGGCCCUUAUGUUGUGUAUAGUUAUACUGUACAUAUCUUCCAAGUGGCCAAUGCAGGCCUCAGCCCCUACUUGUCAACAGUUCUUGUGGGCGUGGCGCGGGUAGCAGGUUCAUGUAUUGGAAUCGUGGUGGUGGAACGCGCUGGGCGUCGCCCUGCCAUGCUCGUAGGUGGUUUCGGGGCAUCACUAUCCCUCAUCUGCCUCGGGCUAUAUUUUUUCUUACAGCGGGGCAAAGACGGAGAAUCGUCUAGCGGGUGGCUGGCACUGGUGUCUAUGAUAUCUUUCACAGUAAUCCUAGGUGCUACCAUCAGCCCCAUUCCUUUCCUGCUAUCCAGUGAACUGCUGCCCCUCUCGUUCAGGUAG